AUGUCUCCGCCGAAGCAGACUCCGCAAGCCGGAGACACUUUCCUCUCUCAGCAAUUCGGCCCGCACCCCCGGUCAACUAUCGCCGAGGAGGACCUUGUACACGUGAAGUUCCUCUGUGGCCUCACGUCGGAGACGGAGCUUAUUGCUCCGGGGGACGACCUCUCAUCGGAGGAUCCUCCGCCCGGUUAUUGCUGCGCCUACGAGAUCUUCUUCUCGAAGUGCGGCCUCUACUUCCCUCUGCCGGAGCUUCUGGUGAAGGCGAUGUUUGCCCUGGGCGUUGCCCUUCCCCAGCUAUGUCCGAACUUUGUUCGGACCCUUCUCUGCCUACAGACCCUGGCGGAGGAACACGGCUACCUUAUCACCUUCCAAGACAUCCUCCACCUUUAUACGAUAAAGAGUGGCCGGACUAGGGGAACUUUCUACCUCAGCCCGUUAGCCGGACUCCGGGUCUUUGACGACUUUCCCGGGAAGGACGAACAGUACCGGAGUGGCUACUUCUUCUUCCCGAUAAACCGGGAUACCUUCGCCUCCCUUGACCGCGGGUUUUUGUCCGAAACCUUCGCGGAUUACUUCGUCACGUUCUGCGGCGGCCAAACCGCAUGGGAUUCUUUCACUUGCCCUAGGAUUCGCGAGGCCAGAGCCCGCAUUUGUACUAGGUUUCUCACCAUCUCCUCCCCCUAA